AUGGCAAAGGACGGAAGAGUGCGUAUUGACAAUGUGGAAGAGCUUUCUCUUCCACACAUGAAACACAGCGUAUUCCACGCGACUCAACAAUUCGAAGUCGAGUACGAGAUGCUACAGCUAGACGACAUGCGAAUUACUGCAGACGUGAUGAAAUCGUUGAGAAGGAACGCGGUAGUAUUGCAAGCGUUUCAGCUACGUUUUCCUGAUAUUGACGCUAACAAUGUGGGUCACUGUACAAGCGCCUACUUGAGCCUCAAGCGACCGAUUUGCAAAGAACGAAUGUGCCACAAUGCGAAUACAGGAGAGCGAAUUGCGACAUUGUCGGAAGUCACACCUACUUUCGAAGGUCGUGUUGUAUGUUCGGAAAUCGCGAUUUUCCCGUGUGUUGCUGAAUUGCGACCAUUUGUGGGUUGGAAGAUGUUCGUAAUCUGUGAGAUUCAGACGUUUCCUGGUGUGUCUCGAUUAAUUGGUGUUCAAGAUGGCGGCCAGCUCGGUGUUCUCACUGCUGAAGGGUUGUUGACGAUGAGUGUGCCCCCUAAUGCUUUUACACAGCCUGAUGAGCCAACGUGUGUAUUCAGUGUGAAUAUGGAUAUGAGUGUGAUGGAGUUUGAAGGAAGGGAUGGAGCCUGUGGACCAACUAGUCCGAUUGUCGAGUGUCGACCAAGUGGGGCUUGUUUCAGUAAGGACAGUUCUGUUACUAUAUCUGUCCCUCUGCUUAACUUCGGUACAGCCUUGCAACAGUUUUCUGACAGAGUGCCUGAAGUUUGGGUUAGCGACUCUAGCAACAGUGAGUGGCAUCCCCUCCUUGACUCGAAUGGACGUACUGUCCAUGCUACAAUAGAAUGCACAAAGAGUGGAGGUUAUUUGGCUACUUUCUCUACAUUGCAUUUCUCAAGAUUCAUAGUUCUGUUCAGAAAUCGAGUUGCUGAUGCCUUGGGUAUUGUGUCGCUGUAUAAGUAUAAGAUGGCUACUAUGAGCAGUCACAUCAGCAAGUUGAUGGACAUGCCAGACAGAGACGGCCAACGAUUGUUUUCUAUCCGUGUCGAUUUUCAAGUUGAUGAAGCAGACAACCAAGACAACCAUGAAUUUCGUCAACUUGCACCUUACUCUUCUCACCUUCGCCUUCCAUAUGGGGACAUUCGUGUAACAAUUGACAGUGAUGUUAUUCAGCCAAUUGAGAACGAAGAGUUUGAGCGACAUCUUGAUUUCUGUGAUGGAUCUCCUGGGUUUGUUCAGUUUGAAUGCCAAGUACCACACACAAAUCAGGACAUAAUCACACCAGAGAUGAUUAUUGCUGCUGUUACUGUGUCUCGAUGGAGACGAGGAAUAUUCAGAAAUGAUCCUGUUCAACUUCAGAAAAUUCGAUGUAAUGAAGAAUGGAACAGGUUCAAAAGUAAAGUAAACACAAAGACAAUUGCUGACAUAAUAGAGUGUGAAGGUAGUAUGAAUGCAUUCAAGAAGAUGUGCAAAAGCCGACUCACUCUACAGAGCAUCGACAUAGAAACGACACUUGAAGAUGAUAAUGAUUUUGUUGCUGCCAUUAGCAGGCUUUUUGCAGAACAAGGAGGAACACCAGAACAGUUUUCAAAAGCACUUGCAGAGAAUUUACAAAGUGAGAAGAUCAACGUUCAGCUGACCAAAGGUAACAUAACGUACAAACCAUCCAAAUGAAUACAAUAUGACCUACCAAUGUGU